UUCGGGGUAUGAAGUAUGUAGUAAGGCACCGAUCGAAUCAACCUGGGUGAUAUUUUCGCGCGCCUCCGUACAGUCGCUCAUUCCAUUCAGAUAAAAGGGCUUGUGUUCCUCUUGCUGUGGUUCACUAUAGCAUACAUUAUCGUGCAAUUCCUGUAGCUCUUAGAAAACCCGAGUGCACUCUAAACAAUGGAGGAACUUGACAAGGAACAGAUCAGCAUUCUCAAAAAAGCCUUCGAGGCUUUCGACCAGGAGAAGAAGGGAUGUAUCGGCACCGUGAUGGUGGGUACGAUCCUCGGCAUGUUGGGUCAUCAGGUCAGCGACGACGCACUCAAAGAAAUCAUCGAUGAAGUUGAUGUUGAUGGAUCUGGUGAGCUGGAGUUCGAAGAGUUCGUGACGCUGGCUUCCAGAUUCAUGGUUGAGGAGGACGCUGAAGCGAUGCAGCAGGAACUUAAAGAGGCAUUCCGGUUAUACGAUAAAGAAGGCAACGGCUACAUCACGACAGGCGUGCUGAGAGAGAUCCUCAGAGAGCUGGACGACAAGAUCAGCGCCGAGGAGCUCGACAUGAUGAUUGAGGAGAUUGACUCCGACGGCUCAGGGACCGUGGACUUCGAUGAAUUCAUGGAAGUCAUGACGGGCGGCGACGACUAAGCGACUGAAACCACCAUCUGAGAGUUGUAACCAGAACAUAUGAAGGAAUAUUCACAGAUAUCGAAAUGAUACAAAAUUAUCAUUUGACAUGUCUCAGGAAGUUACCUUUACAACGUGAACUUGAACACCUCCAUUUAUUUAAAUAAAAUAAGUUAUUUCUUAUAUUAUAAUAAAUGAUUUUGUUAAUAAAUUUAUCGUAAUUCUUU